GCCUGCGACGGGGCGGAGCCUCUCGUGCUGUGGGGCGGGGCGGUGUCAAGGCCCGGGCAGUUGGGGCGUGGGGCGGGAGAGGAUGUUGGUCCCCCAAGGCAUUAGCUGACUAGUUCAGGCUUGGGUGUGCAGCCAUCGUUUCCUGGCGCGGCCCGUGUAAUGGUUCCGGGAGGAAGGAAGCGCCGUGACAGCCCCUCAGUCACAGCCUGUGUUCCGGGGGUGAGGAGGCCCAGGGACAGCGGAUUUGGCGAGCUGGCGGCUGGCUGGGCGAGCGGUCACAAUAGGAGGCGGCGGUCCAGCACGGAGCCGCGGGAGCAGCCCCGCAGGGCGGAGCCUCCUCUCGCAGAUUUCUCCCGGGGCCAAUUCAGCACCUCUACCUGGCCAUCCUAACAAGGUGAUUUGUGAAAGGGUGAGACUUCAGAGCCUGUUCCCUCUCCUCCCAAGUGAUCAGAACACUACCGUUCAAGAGGAUGCUCACUUCAAAGCUUUCUUCCAGAGUGAAGAUAGUCCAAGUCCCAAGAGACAGCGCCUCUCUCAUUCAGUCUUUGAUUAUACAUCAGCAUCACCAACUCCCUCACCACCAAUGCGACCAUGGGAGAUGACAUCAAAUAGGCAGCCCCCUUCAGUUCGACCAAGCCAACAUCACUUCUCAGGGGAACGAUGCAACACACCUGCACGCAACAGAAGAAGUCCUCCUGUCCGACGCCAGAGAGGAAGAAGGGAUCGUCUGUCUCGGCAUAAUUCCAUUAGUCAGGAUGAAAACUAUCAUCAUCUCCCAUAUGCACAGCAGCAAGCAAUAGAGGAACCACGAGCCUUCCACCCUCCGAAUGUAUCCCCUCGUCUGUUACAUCCUGCUGCUCAUCCACCACAGCAGAAUACAGUAAUGGUUGACAUACAUGAUCAGCUCCACCAGGGCACAGUCCCUGUUUCUUACACAGUAACAACAGUGGCACCACAUGGGAUUCCACUCUGCACAGGCCAGCACAUCCCUGCUUGCAGUGCACAACAGGUCCCAGGAUGCUCUGUGGUUUUCAGUGGACAGCACCUCCCUGUCUGUAGUGUGCCUCCUCCAAUGCUUCAGGCAUGUUCAGUUCAGCACUUACCAGUACCGUAUGCUGCGUUCCCACCCCUUAUUUCUAGUGAUCCGUUUCUUUUACAUCCUCCUCACCUUUCUCCACACCACCCUCCUCAUCUGCCACCACCAGGCCAGUUUGUUCCUUUCCAGACACAGCAGUCACGAUCGCCUCUGCAAAGGAUAGAAAAUGAAGUAGAACUCUUAGGAGAACAUCUUCCAGUAGGAGGUUUUACUUACCCCCCGUCAGCCCAUCCCCCAACGUUACCUCCAUCAGCUCCUUUGCAGUUUCUGACACAUGAUCCUUUGCAUCAGGAGGUGUCCUUUGGAGUACCUUAUCCUCCAUUUAUGCCUCGGAGGCUCACAGGACGUAGUAGAUACAGAACUCAGCAGCCAAUACCACCUCCCCCGUAUCAUCCCAGCCUACUACCAUAUGUGCUAUCAAUGCUUCCAGUGCCACCUGCAGUGGGCCCAACUUUUAGCUUUGAAUUGGAUGUGGAAGAUGGAGAAGUAGAAAAUUACGAGGCCCUGCUAAACCUGGCAGAGCGACUGGGAGAGGCUAAGCCUCGAGGACUUACUAAAGCAGAUAUUGAACAACUUCCUUCUUACCGGUUCAAUCCUAACAACCACCAGUCAGAACAGACUUUGUGUGUAGUGUGCAUGUGUGAUUUUGAGUCAAGGCAGCUACUUAGAGUCUUACCCUGUAACCACGAGUUCCAUGCCAAGUGUGUCGACAAAUGGCUGAAGGCAAAUCGAACUUGCCCAAUUUGCCGAGCUGAUGCUUCAGAAGUGCAUCGGGAUUCAGAAUGACCAACCUAAGAGCACAAAUUUUGUUUGGGUGUUCCUUAUCACAUGUAUAUACGGACUAUCCAUUGAACUUAAUCUGUGUGGCUUCCAGCCCUCCCUUUACCAAAAGGGUCAAUGGACCUUUCUUUGCACUGUGUGACUUAAUCAACUAUAAAAGCUUACAAUUAGUCUUCACAAUUAUGGGAUUGUUAUACUAACCGUGUGAUUGGAACUCCAAAGACUUUCUUUAGCUUAAUUUUGUGUGUGCACUAACAUUCCCUGGUUUUUGUGUGAUCAUUCCGAGUGUUGCUGCAAGAUUACAGUGGACGUGAUCUUUUAGCAUGUGCUUUUAUAAAAAGUGGUAGCUCCAGAUGAUAUAGCAAUCUACCUUAUAUAGAGCCUUCAGAAACUGUGAGUGGAAAUGAAUGCAGUGUGUGCUUGUUGAUGAUAAAUGUCUGUGUGGGAGAGAGAGAAAGUGUGAGCAACUACUUGUGUGAGGGCAUGGUAGCUAAUGUGUGUAUGAGCUCCUAUAUACCAGCAUGUACCAAGAAUGUGUGUGUAGUUUUAAUUAUGCUGCAAUGUAUAAUCUGGUGUGUUAUUUAAACAGCACUAGUACUGUACACUGGUUUUUCCCCUUGUGUUUGCUGUUGCACACUGAUUGCUAAGGGUGCAUCCAUUAUAAGCAUUGAAUACUCCAUUCCCUUCCCUCCCAGUGAAUGGAAUGAGAAAAGCCUUCCUCCUUUGCUUUAGGCAACUGUCACCUUCUCUUCAUUGGUGGUCCUUAGUGGGUCACUUAAGAAAAAAAGUGUAACAGAUUCUCACUCCAUGAACCUAAUUUUUAAAAUUCUGUUAUGAAACAGAAAAUUUUAAAUCUCCAACUUGCUGUUUCCAAAAAGAAGGUGCAAUAUCAUACAUCAUCAAUUAGCAAUAUUAGCAUUUCAGUCAAUGAUUUGAAUGUUGAUACUUUCUUAUUUUUCCUUUACAUUUCCAGUAAGCUUGUUACAGAAAGUACCUGUGAUUUUUUUUUUUUUCUUUUUUUUCAAUGUUUAGAUUUGUAGUCUAUUUUGAAGAUAUUUGAGUAAUAUAUUUCUAAGAAUACCACUGGUCCCAGGAAGUCUCCCCUCUUGGACUUCUACCAGAACAACAUCUGCUAACUAACUCAGCAUGAGUCCUGAAAUGUGUUCUUUGUGCAAGCUUCCAGAGUCCACCACAUUAAUCUAAGAACACUGUAGUUCUCUUUGUUGUAUUCAUUCACCUGCCAAGCUCUACUUCUGCAAGUUAUCUAUUUGUUUUUCUCUCAGUAAACGUGCUUCUCAUUGGAACCCUUGUGUCCAGGAUGGACCAAGGGCUGUGACGACAACUCGUGUUCCUUACACCUGAUGUGCUUUGAUGCUUUAUUGUUUUUCCUUGAAAUUUUUGUUUGAGAACAAUUUAAUACAUACCACAGGUGUCCAGAAUACUUGCAGUAUAAAUGAAGAUUUGAUUUUUGUAUAAAAAAAUAAUGCUGUGAAAACAGGAAUUGACCUUCAUUUAGUUGAUCUGACAUAAUGCAUAGCUGUGUGUGGUUUUUUUUUAAUAGGUUCAUUGAGUAGAAUUAAGAUUGUUUAAGGUCAUUUUUCCAGCACUGUUUAGAUUCCUCUCAUUCUGUUAGUGUGUUCAGCAUUGUCUGCCUCUCUUUCUGAUGUCAUUGCUUUGUUUGCAAUCGCACAAGCUGCGUAAUUCCAGGCCGGACUGUGAUAACUUGCUGCCAGCCCCACUCAACUUUCAGUUGGCUCUGUGUCGGUUUUCCCUUCAGACAGUGUUAACUCUACUCAUUACUGCCAUGCUACUUGCCCUCCCUUGACGUCUCUAUAAGCUCAGCACAGCCUAAAGUUCAGUAAAGUCGAUUUCACACAGAAGCACAAUUUUGCCCUUUGCCAGACACUGUUGCCUCUAUCUUGUUAUACAAAUAGGAUUUUGCAUACUUUUGUGUUUGCCCAUAGGGUUCAUCAGAAAUGCAUCUUAACAGUGGUAAAAUGCACAUGCUAUUUUUAAAACAGUAGGCUACCCCCCCUUCUUGAUAAAGCAAAAGUGUGUUGAAGAUCAGAAUUAUUGGAAUAAUAAUCAGCUACAUACAAAUCACGUAUAGUUUUUAAUCUUUUUUUAAGAAAAAAAAAUCAUGUUUAAAAUGGCAAAGGCCCAUCUUUACAUAGACUUUUAUAUAGCUUCAAAAAAUUUAUAACUGUACAGAUCUAACAUAACACUAUUACACUCAGUAUUCAUUUUAUUGAAGCAUGCAAGUAAAGCACUUUUUCUAAUUUAUAUAUUGAGAUACCUGCUUAACAAGGCACAUUGUACUAAUGACUAGGAAAAGUAGCUUUUCUUCCCUCUCUCCAAUUAAAUUCUUGUCCCUAUUCCAGUAAAUUUUUGAGAGGCAGUUUGCGAUUUUUGAGGCAGCAGGGUCUGUUUGGUAAAGCCUAAAUUUAAUUGUUGCACUCUUGUGACUGAUCUCUCUUUGGGAAUGUCUUUGCAUGGGGCUUUUAGAGAUGUGUGCAGACUUGCUUUUGAAGUGGUUAUUGUGUAUUUAGAGCACACAUGCAUGUGUUCUGAACCAGCUCAGACUAGCCACAAUAAGCACUGUUGUGGCUAGCAAAAGAGGAACACUCCGAUGUGUGCCUGGCCGUCUUCCCAUUGGGUGAUGGAUGCAUCAGAUAGCAGGCGUAAGUGGGUUUGUUGCUCUCCUCCUCUUUUCCUUCUAAAACAAUACUGGCUUUACCAUCUCUGCUGUGGGGUUUUUGUUUUUGUUCUUUUGCAUAUGAAUUGUCAACUUUGAUUUUUUUUUUCUCCUUACCCCACCCCCUAACUCUCCAGCCCCCAAAAAGUCAAGGCCUCCAGGUAUCAAGAUCUCAUAUUAGGAUUUUUGUCCUGAAUUCUGUUUUGUUUUGUUUUCAUCUGGAAAAUGUGAACACAUUUAGAUUUUAUAUAUUCUCUGAAAUAUGAUUUAAGAUUCUAAAAUUUGGACCUCUUGUAAUAUAUUGAAUGAGAUCUACCAACUCAUUUAUGAGAAUAUUUUUCACAUAUAUCUUUAGGCCUUCGUUAGGAAGCUGUUUCCCCCCUGUUGGUACAUUUGGUUACCUCAUUUUGCUGUUUGUUUCAGAUUAUGAAAGCUUACAGGGGUAUUUUUUGGAAUCAUUUGCUGAGUCAUUUUCUCAAUUCAUAUUCCAUUGUAUCAGUUAACACAGUUUUAAAUGUACGUAUUAUAAAUAUCUGUAACCAAAUCAUUUGAAGGCUUGAUAAAUUUUUAACAAAGUUUGUACAUUUUUUAUGAAAGUUACUAGUAAUGCUUUACUAAGUAGUGCAAUGAAUUUUUAUUUUUAAUCCCCGUGCCCAAUUUUGGAGUUGAGAGGGUUGUUGGUAAUAAAUGUAUGAUGUACACUUAAAA